AUGAACUUGCCUUUCGAUGACAAAAUCAAACUCAGAUUCCGACUACUUCGAUGGCUAGCUCCAGCGAAAGCAAUUGCAAACCUUCACCUUUUUUUUUGGUUGCUCUCCGUUUUGGUGAAACAAGAGACUUCUCUUCAUCUCUCAUCCAUGCCUCUUACUCGUGAAUCAUGGAUCACCAGCAUCUUAGCCAUCAAUCAACUUCGGCUGCGUUUCUCCUCCGCCGUGUCGGAUCGAAGCCGUCACCGUUCAUCUCAGGUGAUGAACUCCACCAAAGCUUCUCUGGAGAAUCCUACCAACACCUCCUCUGUAAAUCCCAUGUACAUCUAA